AUGACCACGGCGUCCCCACUCUGGACAAACUCACCUGGGGCACCUGGGACCGACGCUACCUCCGAACAGGUGGAUGCAUCAGUGAAAAGCAUGACUUCAGGCUCACGGGCGCGCAGGGCGGGUGAGGCCCAGAGAGAGAGGCGCUCGGGGGCCGUGGAGACGGCGGCGGCGGCCGUGGAGGCCCACGCACAGUCGGUGCUGGGCCGCACGGCAGCCGUGUGGGUGGAGAUGGAGUCGGUGCUGGGGAGGAGAGAGACGGGGCAGGGCCAGCUGGGCCCCGUGCUGCAGGACCUGAGGGAGGAGAGGAAACGCCUUGGCUUCACAGACUUGCUACCUGAGGGCUGCCAGCAGGCGGCGCCACUCAUCUCCUGUAAGGACGUGGGCUUGACCCGCCUGCCAAUCAUCACUGAUUUAGCAAUCACCACGUUGGAGCUGCCGGGAAACAACAUCAGUAAAAUUCCUCCACGAGGCUUCGCUGGGCUUCCAAACUUGGAAGAGAUUGACCUCAGCAGGAACCAGCUCGAGGACUCUUCACUGGGAACAUACUUGUUCAAGAACUUGACCAAGCUGCGUAAGCUGAACCUGGACGCUAACGGCCUGACCACGGUGCCCCUGCUGCCGGCGUCUCUGGAGGAGCUGAGCAUCAAGCAGAACAGGAUCAGCCAGCUGCUGCCCAAGAGCUUCAGAGGCCUGUUCAAUCUACGCUCGCUGGCGCUCAUCCAGAACGAGCUCUAUGACGACGCCGUCUCGCCGCUCGCCUUCCGGCCUCUGAAGAACAUCAUCUACCUCCGGCUGGACCAGAACAACUUCCGCUCCAUUCCGCAAGGCCUGCCUCCCUCACUGCAGGAUUUGCGGAUGCGUGAAAACCAGCUCCAGGAAGUGGAUGGGGUCUCGCUCAACAAGUCCGUCAACCUGCAAGUGCUGGACCUGAGUCACAACUACCUGAGAGAACACACCAUCUCCCCUCAAGCUUGGAUCAACCUCCCUAAACUGGAGGCCCUGGACCUCUCCAACAACAAGUUCUCCCUGGUGCCCAGCAACCUCCCCACCGCCCUGCGCCAGCUCUCCCUGCAGCACAACCACAUCGACACCGUGCCCGACUUCAUCCUGGGCCACCUCAGCCCGGGCCUGCUGUCGCUGCGCCUGUCCCACAACCGCAUCCGGAACCAAGGGCUGAAGGGCCCGUCGUUCCGCGGUGCCUACCGGACACUGACGGAGCUGCUCCUGGACAACAACGAGCUGGAGGUCGUCCCGCGCUGCAUGCGCGUCUUCCGCCAGCUGCAGCUCCUGCGCCUCGACCACAACCGCAUCAAAGCUGUCCCCAGGUUUUCUCUGUGCCAGCGCCAGGGGAGGAAGAGCUCCCCUCUCGCCGGCCUGCACCUGGAGCACAAUGAGCUGGACACGCAGAAGAUCCACCCCGCCGCCCUCACCUGCAUGGACAGCUCCAGCAGCGUCACCCUGGAGCCCCAGAACUCCUCGGGGGCAGUGGCCGGGGCAGAGAGCACCCUGUCCUGAGCCCCGCGCCCUGAGUAUGGCGCCCAUGUUCCAUGUGUGGUGUAGCCAGAUGUGUGUCGUAUUAACUCAGAUUCACCAUGGCGACUGCGUUGUGAGUGAGGGCUGGAGUGGCAUCUGACUCUGUGAGACUCAAACCUGCUCUCCCUCACCCCUCCCUUCAUCACACUAAAAAUCUCCUCUUUUCUUCUCCUCUUCCGUCUCCCCUUUCUUUUCUCGUCUCCGUCUUCCACUCCAUUGCGUUCUCGUCUCCUCUUCCCCUCCUCCUGUGUUUUCUCCUGCUAAUGUUACUCGCACUUUCUCUCCAUUUUUCCUCCUCCAUUCCUCUGCUCUCUCUCCACACUUCUCUCCUUUUGCCUCUCUUCAAUCACUUCAUCUUUUAUCAUCUCCUCCUCUCCUUUCCUCCUUUCCUUCUCUUUCUUGUGAUCUCUCUCCAGUUCACCUUUCCGUGCCCUCCAGUUUCAUUCCAACAAGCUUACACUUUAUCAGUCAUCUUAUGUGUCUUACUGUGGCCUUUUUGCUUCAGUGCGGCUCAUAGUCUUUUUGGCCUCUGCUGAAUCUCUCUCUGUUCUUGUGUGAGUCAAUCUGGAGGCCUUGUUUUUUUUUUCUUGUUUGUCCAUGUCUAUGCACUGGGCCCCUCUCUCUCUCUUUCACUGUCCCCCCUUCCCUGUGUUAGCCAUUUCCUGAAUCCUGGUCCUGGCUGAAGUUGAAUUUAGCCACGGUGCCAAGCGUAUUGUCUAUCUAAUAUUACUCUGCCAUGUUUACAGUCAUGCUGUUUCUGAAAUUGAAGCUGAUAUCUUUUCUGUUAAGGUGCUAAUGUUCUGUGCUAUUGCAAUUGUAUUUUUAGUGUUGUAUGGCAUACAGAUAACUGAAAUAACAGCAGGAGUUUUAAGUACUAUAGCCAAUAUUCAAAAGAUUUUUUUGAAUAAUAUUAAUUUGUGUAUUGUAAAACCCUACUAUGAGACCCACUGUAUGCAGCAUUGUCUGGACAGGCCAAAUGAUUGAA